AUGGCCGCUUCCCGAUUACCCCCAGCGACGCUAACGCUGAAGCAGUUCAUGAGAAGGCAACAGGUUCUUCUCCUCUAUAGAAGAAUUUUGCAAGCAAUUCGGGAAGUUCCAAAUGAUUCUGAUCUCAGAUACUUAAGGGAUUGGGCAAAGGAAGAAUUCAAAAGAAACAAAAAUGCCACUGAGGAGGAUACGAUCCGGAUGAUGAUGAUUCAAGGCAAUCUGCAGCUCAAGGAGUUAGAAAAAACACUUGCUUUAGCAAAAUCCUAGCUAUUGCAUUAUUUUUUGUUUUGGGCAGCCCCAAGUUAAAGUCAGAUUGUUUCUAUGCAAUAUACUUGGGCAAAAUACCAGAAGAUGAAGCUUAUCAAAUCACAGAGAGCAAAGGAAAGUGCAGCAGGAUAUUUGCAUUAGCACUAAAAAAUAUCCCUGUGGGGCCUGAGCGAUAGCAUAGCGGGGAGGGUGUUUGCCUUGCAUGCAGCCAACACAGAA